GACCGGAGAAAAACAUUCAAUGUAACACUCAGCUUCAAGGCCAUCCAUCUGUAUUUCCAACAGCUUUCUUGGAAGACAAGAUGGCAUUCAUCUUCAUGUCUGCACAUAUGGUGCUGCGGCUUAUUAUUAUGUUGUUGCUGGUGGCUUCCUCUGAGUCAGAGACAUGUGAUGGCUACAGGGGUUUCCCUGGAAGACCAGGUAUUCCAGGAGUUCCUGGUACCGAUGGGAAGGAAGGUGUAAAAGGAGAAAAAGGAGAUCCAGGUGAGGAUGCAGUGCCGAUAAUUGGGCCAAAAGGGGACCCUGGAAUUCCUGGACUCCCAGGCAGGCCUGGUGAGAAGGGGGACAAGGGACUACAUGGUGCACCAGGCCCAGUGGGACCGAAGGGAGAGAGGGGAGAUUUUACGGGGGUAGAUACUCCAAACCAGUAUUUUGUUUUCUCUUACAAAAAAAGUCCUCGGGCACAGAGAGUUAAUCCAGACAAAUUAAUCGUCUUUGACAUCCCACUGAUCUCUGGGGCAGGUGAUGUUUUGGAUAGUGAGGGUUUCUUUGAGGUGGAAAAAGCUGGCAUGUAUUACAUCAGUUACCACAUUUCAUCCAGUCAAUCUGCCUGCCUAAAGAUUCAGGUAGGGGAGGAAGAGAAGGUCAAGUUCUGUGAUUCACCUGGAAUGAUUAUGGUAACUGCAGGAUCUGUGGUACUGCCACUGAAAACAGGUGAUAAAGUGUCUGUACAGACAACUGCACUGAGCUCUAUCUUCAGUAGAGACACUGACUGCACCUUUACAGGCUUCUUGCUCUUCCCAAUGAAUGGAUAAGAUGAUUUUGAUUAGCCACACCCUUAAUUUUACUCUUCCUUAUUACAAUUAGCAACUAUUGCUUGGGAAUAUCUAAUGUUAUUGUUGAUUAAAGUUG